CAAAGUGCGUGUGACAGAACAGAGAACACCAACACAUCGGCCCAGUGUCUAGAUAACUCGCAACUGGUGAGCAGUGCGGUACAGGUUCUCCUCGUGUACGGACGGCCGACUCGUCCGAAUUAUGCUCGGCACGUGUUCGAUUCAAAUGAUCCCGCUACGUUCGACAUCCAAAUGAUAAACACUAUCUAAUCAAGUGAUGUUGUUUAAUUAAGCAAGUGUUAGUUCGAAUUCAUUUUUGUGUUUUGUGUAUAUUAUAAUAAAUGGACCCCGAAAUUCCUCUGAAAGGUGUGACUCCGGGUUUGUACCGGAGUCCCGGCCGAUGGCGCGGCGAACGACCGCUACGUGGCCCGCUGCGCGCCUUGCGCUUGUGCAUACUUAGCGCUCUGCUGCCGGGAUUGCUGAUCGCCGUCCCGCUCUACAUGCGAUAUUAUGUCUAUAGGGAUCAACUCUACCCUCUUGGGGUCUCCGAUAUGAGGCUGAUCGACGGGAAAGUCUCCACAACUUGGUGUCAGAAACAAGUUGUGCGUUCCAAUGUUACCUUCAACGCUUUUCUGAUGGAAGGAGUUCCUUCGAUGUCGCCAGAAAUGCAUCCAGUGUCCAUGACGCGACAUCUAACUUUAUCUGAUGACAUGAAGGAAUACUGGGCGUUUUACCUUCUCAAGGAAUCGGUCGUCACAGUUUCAUCUUGUGUCAGGUGGCCUGGUGCAUCGUUGGUUGUGAUUAGAGGUCACAGGCAUCUCCAUGAAUGUGCUUUUAUAGGCGACGACUCUUCGGAAGAAGACGAGGAAAUGUUUGAAAUCAUGUCGAACGAGAGGAAAAGAAGGCCUGUUAGUGAAGUGCAACCAGAUAUUACUUUCAAUAAUGACGAAGCACCAUCAAAUAAUCCAGGUUUGAUGAAACGUCAUCGCAGCGAUGUGGUAUUCCAUCACGAGAACAAUCAACAAACGAAUCAAACGUUACCAGCUACCAGAAUCGACGAUCGAGAUGACGAUCUUCAUCUAUUUCUUAAGUUGAGUUCUAUGAAAGCCUACGGAAAAAAGAAAACCAAAGUGACUUCAACAGAAGAUGAUAAUCACGUCCACAAACAUCGAGAAUUGAGUUAUGGUGAUAAGGAAUCAAGUUUUAUUACUUUAGGUCAACGCCCAGAAACUGUGCAACAUUACGAAAAGUAUAAAAAGCCAAAACCAGAAUCUUCUAACGAGUUAAUGGAUACGAUUCUGAAUAAACUAGAACUUAUGGGAGAUAGGGGUCAUGAUAUUUUGAAAAGAUUAAAUGAGAAAUUGAAGUUGACUCAAACUACAGAUUAUGUCCAGAGCCCACAGACAACCGAGACCAUUCAAGACGUCGAAAAAGAUACCACUUCAACUCCAACUUCCGAUGAUAAUGAAGAAACCGAAAAGAUUAGACAAAAAAGGGAAGCUGCUGCAGUUAAAUCUCAAAUGAAGGAAUGGUUGAACAAUGAUGAUAGGGAAAACGAUGCAGCAAUUGAAAAGGAUUUAGUUCCAGAUGGUAUAGCUGAUCAUCAUCGUAUUUUGAACGAAACUACUUUAAAUGAUCGUUCGAAUUCGGAAUACUGGUCAUCAUUUUCAUCAAGUGAAGAAGCAUUAUUGAACUGCGCUGGCUUAAUCCUCAGUUUGCCAUUAACCCCAAGCAUAAAAUGUGAAAAAGGAGCUUCGGAGGGUGAUUUGGAAGAGGCCUCUCUUAUAAAUGCAGUUACAUACAGGGUUCACUCAAACGGGUACUACUUCUUCGUUUUUAGCAGCGAGAAUGAAGUUCGAGAUAAUUUUAUUCAAGUCCAUUUCAAUAUUAACCGCAGUGUGUACAACGUUACAAAUUCGAUAGCUGAAUGCAGAAAUUCAACAGAAGUAUGCUCGCUGCCUCUGAAGUUCUUUUCUGACGAAAAGCUGGUGCUCGAGUUGCCGCUAAAGAGCAACGAUUCUCUAUCGAACAAAGAGUUCAUUGUGAUAUCAGAAUGCGAGCCCCGUACCGCCAUCUACGUGGUUUGCGUGAUAGCUGUCCCUCUGGUGAUAAUAGUGUUCGCGUUCCAAUGAUCGUCCGAGAGAUGGAAGUUAAAAUGUUCGGCUAAUUGGUUUGAAAGUCCUUAUUUUAUUGUAAAGCGAUAUCUGACAAGGUCCUUUUUCAAGAUCUUUUCAUUUAUUGCUUUAUCAGCGCUGUGAUAUAAACAUAUCUAAUCUACGUGUUCUGGUUAGUCUUAAGUAUUCGAUUAGAAUCAAAUUAGAAAAGAUUCUGCCUCGGACUGGAAGAUUUUAAAGGGUGAAUACAUGAUCUAGCUAAUUGCAAUUCAGUUUAUGUACUGCUGAUUAUGUAUAUAAGAUGAAAUUUUACCUAAAAUGACAUUAAUUAAAACAUAUUAGCCCAUUGAAUUACAUGCAGCACAACUUAAAAAAUAAAUUGUGUGUCAUUGUCUGGGUAUUAUAUGCAAAAUCUUAUAAUUAAGUCAUUUAUAAAAAAGUAGCAUUUUGAUUUUUAAUAUGCUAUAAAUUGAUUU